GUCCAACGACGAAGAAGCCGAGCACCACGAAGCCGCCAGCCUAUGUCCUGAACGCUGGGAAGGAUGGCUUGCCCAUUGCGGACGGAAAACGGCCCAGUUGGCUGGUGAAGGAAGAUGAACUCAUCAUCGAUGCCAGGCAACCUGCUGGCCAUGGAGGUAUCCUCAUCGUCCAGCCUGUGCUGAUGGAUGCCAGUUCCACCUGGGGACACCGCAAAGCUGCGCGACCCAGGUGGCUCAGGGCCAUCCUGGCGACCAACCGACAUCACGCGAGGCUGCACGGCCACUGUGUGAUUUUGCGCUGGCAGCCAACGCAGCCCCAGUUGACCAAAUGGCAACGGAGGGGGUGUGUCAAGAUGGACGAGAAGACGUGCACCCGAAACAACGAACGUGAAAACUUCAACUGGGAGAAGCACCUGAUGCUCUACGAGUACUUGAUAAGCCCCCAGAACUUCACACAUGUGCUCAUGCUGGAUGCUGAUGCUGCGCUGGUGAAGCACAGCUUGGAUAUCCUGGGUGCCUUGGCGCUUGAGAAACUCGAGGAUUGGCUGCUGAAUGGCGAGAAUCGGAUCAACGGCGGCUUUCUGAUGACCAGGAACUCAGAGUGGUCGCAACAUCUCUUCCAGGACACCUUCCGCGCUCAUGUCGUGGGCCCGGGCGGCUUGAGAAGAUGGCGUAUUGGCAUAGAGCACCAGGAGUGCAGCAGUAAUGAGCAGAUCUGCUUGAACGACAUCAUGAGCGGUUCCAACAAGGAACUCGUGAAAGGCCACAUGUCCUUGGAAAGUGGUGUCAUUUAUAACCGUGGCGGCUGCACUGUGAAGCACUGUGGCGAGCCCAUCACUGACCCCAAAAUGGAGGCGCUUGGAAUGAAAGAUGAGCGCUUGCAGGUGCUGCAUUUCAUGGGUGGGUCCAAAGGUUUGGCACCUCUGGUGCGGACUGAUCCCGAAGAGACCAAAGCGCGAUUGCUGGAACAGAUGCGUGAGCGUGAGAGGACAGCGCGGGAACAAAAAAACGCCAUGCUGCAGAAGAUCCAGCAGAGCGAGGGUGAUGAUGGGGACCAGAUGCAGUCAAUGGGGACGCCACCAAACCCCAUUCGCUUUUUGCCCUUACAGCUGGAAGAUGUCACUGUCCUGCGGCGACAGGAGGAUGGUAGCUUCCACGUUGAUGGCAGCGAUGUGCCUGAUAGAGGCGCCGGUCUACCAUACUGCUUGAGUAAAUCCUUUCAGAACAAAGACGCGAACCUCAUUGCCAAGUGGGGAAGCAGCAUCCAGGGGGAAGACUUGGGUGAUGGUUGGGCAGCAGCCAUGGCAGUUUCCCGGGCACCAUGCAUAGUCAUGGAGGUAGCUCUUUUCAUGGAGACAUGCACAGUGGCACUUUUCACGGAGACAUGCACAUGCGACGAGGAGGACCCGGAACAGCGCGUGAUGGAUGAACGCUUUGCCUAUGUGGGUAGAGGUCGGGGGGACUAUACCCAGGUGACGUCGAUGCAGCCGGUGGGGCACGGCCAAGGCGAAUUUGCCAAGGAGAAGGUGGUGGUACGAUCAGGUCUUCGACUGCGGCUCUUUUGUGUGCUGUCCCUGUGCUUCAUGGUCUUGGUUGUACUGGGGCUCUUGCUCUUCUACCUGCAUGAUCCGGGACCCAACAUCGGUGCAGCUGAGAUGCCCUGCGAAAAUGUCUUCACGGUGGAGAGUGAGGGCAUGGCCCCGCUCUGCUGUGAGCAGGGUUUCAUGCAGUUCUGCGCCACUACGGCCGCGCCGCAAAAGGAGGUGGUCCAUGAGAAGUACAUCACCCGAGUGAAGGAUGUGCGAGUGCCUCAUGUGGUACAGAUCCCGAUCCCUGGACCGCCACGGAAAGUGAUCACUCACAAGGUCUAUGUACACACGCACGCCUUUGACUGUGAGAAGGGCUACAAUGACUGGCAUCAUUUGUGGUCCAGCGCACAUCAGCGCUACUGCUGUUACCUCAAGGACAUCUCCUGCCGGAAUAAAGUGGAGGUGCGGAAGCACUACCACAUCAUCACCAAGGUGAGACCAGUUGCCCUUCCUGUGAGGGUUCCAAUCCCAGCCCCACCACCACGUGUGGUGAGGCAUGUGGUCAACGAGCCGAUUCAAGACCCACCGCAAGUGAUCCGAGUGCCGACCCCUGGGGCGCCGCACAUCGUGAAGAGGAUUGUCCAUGAGCAACGCUUGGUGCCAGUGCCAGUAGCAAGCCCUCCACAGUAUCACACCGUUCCAGUGCCGAUCCAUGUGACUGACCCUGGAAGAGUGAUUCGCGUGAAAGUGCCCAUGCCCCCCCAAACAGUGGUUCGCGACAAGACCAUCUACAAGACCAAGCACAUCCAGGUGAAGCGGGUGUACGACUGCAAUGCAGGGCUGAAGAACUGGAUCUAUGGAUGGUCUGGGGCAAAGAAACACUGGUGCUGCGCUAAUGAGGACCUUGGCUGCCCUGGCACCUGGCACGGCACCGGUCUUACCAAGACCGUGACGACUGGCAUCACUUCGCAUGUGCUCAAGCAGGCGUACUACACUCACUUGCCUGACUAUGGGCAUGGAGGCUAUGAUGACACACAUCACUACGUCUAUCACCAUGGAUACGACGUGGAUCACGGCAGCCACAACCAUGCUGGCGUUGCACGUGAUUAUGAGCAUGGAGGCUAUGAUGGCAAACAGCACUAUGUCUAUCACCAUGGGUAUGAUGUGGGUCGCAGCAGCCACAGCUAUCACGUUGGCGCUGCGCAUGAUUACAGACACGGAGGCCCUGAUGGCCCGCAUCACUAUGUCUACCACCAUGUGAGAUGUGAUAUCGAUGCGCAGGGCCUCAAGUAUUUGAAAAACAUGCGCUCUGAGAACCUGCUGGAAGUCUUGAUGUCACAGAAAUUUAUCAAGGACCGCUCCAUGGUUUUGCUGUCUGAGAAUGCCCUGCCCGGAGUGGAUGGACGUUGGAAGUCCUCCAAACAUGGAGGUGUGAAGACGAUUCAAGGUCAAAACCUCUACUGGGGCUAUGGCAUGACUUUUGGCAUUACAUACUUGCCGAUGGAGCGUCUUUCGUAUGACCACCUAGGCGAUACCAGGAAAGGGAUGCUGGCUGGAAACAAGAUCGAUUGGAACGACGGUGAUUCCUGGACGCGCUUGCAGAAUGACCCUUUCAGCAUGACGGAAACCGUGCGUUUAGGGCCACGCCUGGGGAGCAAUUCCAUUGGCUUUAGUUGUCACAAGGGCCUGAAGCCCGAGAUUCCGAACCAGGACAACUGGUCAAUUGUCCACGUUGCGGGUGAUUUUUCGGUGUACACUGUUUGCGACGGCCAUGGCAUGAGCGGCCAUCAUGUGGCAGACAUCAGCAAAGAUGCCCUUCCCCGUUUCUUGCUGCAAGAUCAUCGUUUUCGGAGGCAAAGGCAAGAUGCCCUGGCAGACGCUUUUGAAGCUACACAGGAUCUGCUCCGCACCGCGGAUCGCCACGGCCUGGUGAAAGCCGGUCUGGGCGGCACCACCGCAACGAUGGUGGUGCAUGACCGAGCCGAGCAGAAGUUACAGGUGGGCCAUGUGGGCGACAGCACGGCGAUUUUGGGCCGCCUCGGGGCCAAUGAUCAGCUGAUUCCCGUACAGCUGACGCGGGAGCACCACCUGGAAAUGGAAGAUGAGCGGAAACGCAUUGAGGCAACUGGUGCGCGGGUGGAGUGGGAAGCCGGCGCCUAUCGAGCUUUCAACAAGCAUGGGACGGGCGCAGGUCUGAAUGUGACACGAAGCUUGGGGGAUUUGGAUGCCCACCUCGAAUGUGGCAUCGCCAGCUUUCCCGAAGUGAAAGAAGUGGAACUGCUUUUUGAAGACAAGGUUUUAAUUGUCGCCAGUGAUGGGGUGUGGACCUGGAUGAAGCCACAGGAAGUGCUGGACAUCCUUGCUGCUUGUGGGGCGGCACAACCUGCAGUAGCCGCAGAACGUGUGGCGAAGGAGGCGUACGACCGCUGGUUGCAAGAGACAGGGCAGCAAGCGGCGGACGACAUCACGGUGCUGGUGGUGGACCUCACGGCACGGGACAUCAAGGAGCAAUUUGAAAGCGAAGAGGGCUUUGAUGGCUGUGGUUUUUCCCGGAAUGAGGAAGAGACGGAAGAGACUACUAUUGAAGGAUGA